AUUGAGGCAUUUCCAUUCCAUGUCCCCGCGGCCGUGGCACGCUCAACCCCUUCAUCAUCCCAAGGCCUCGAGACCCAGGGGCAAGACGACCGGUCAGGGCGGCUUGGUUGCAGCGCGUUGAGCGAAGUCAUGGAUCUUUCAAUCACCAAUUUCAACGUCGUGAUUAGUGUGCUCGGCGGUUGGCUCGUCUUGUUUGGCACAUUUUCGUAUCUCAUCAAAGAGAACCUGUAUCUCUCCGAAGCCCUCGUCUCUCUCCUGGGAGGUGUCACCUUCACCCACGUCGCCAAGCUCCUCAAGCCCGGAGAACACGCCGUCUCCGAAGAUGCCGUGGCCUCCGUUACCCUCGACUUCAGCCGUCUCGUGCUCGGCGUUCAGCUCGUCCUCGCCGGCGUCCAGCUGCCCAGCCGCUACCUCCGCACCGAGUGGAAGUCCCUCUGCCUGCUCCUCGGCCCCGGCAUGAUCGGCAUGUGGACCUGCACCAGCGCCGUCGUCUGGCUCCUCGUCCCGGACCUGCCCCUCGUCCACGCCCUCGCCAUUGCCGCCUGCAUCACCCCGACGGACCCGGUCCUCUCCACCACCAUUGUCAAAGGCCGCUUCGCCGAGGAGAACGUCCCCGAGGACUUGCAGCAGAUCAUCGUCGCCGAGUCGGGCGCAAAUGACGGCCUCGGAUACCCCUUUCUCUUCCUCGCGCUCUACCUCAUUAAAUACACUGAAAGCGACGGCAAUCCGGCCUCGAGCGAGGGCGGCUUCGGUGCCGCGCUGAGCCUCUUCUUCGGGCAGACGUGCGUCUACGUCGUUCUCAUGAGCGUCUUUUACGGCUGGGUCGUCGGCCUGCUCGCGCAGAGGCUGCUCCACUGGGCCGAGCGGCGCAAAUACGUCGAGCGGGAAUGCUUCCUCCUCUUCCCCAUCGGCAUGGCCAUUUUCAUCCUGGGUACGUGCGGUAUGGUCGGCAGCGAUGACGUGCUGGCGUGCUUCAUCGCCGGCAACGUCUUUACCUGGAACGACUGGUUCCGCCUCGAGACGGUCGAAGACCCCGUGCAGCCCGCCGUCGACAUGAUGCUCAACAUGGCCAUCUUCAUGUGGCUGGGCGCCGUUUGUCCGUGGGAGAGCUUCUGGAACUCGGAGCUGGUCAGCCCGUACCGGCUGGUCGCGCUCGGCGUUCUCGUCCUGCUGCUGAGACGUCUUCCCGUCAUUUUGGGUCUGCAUCGCUACAUCCGCCAGAUCCAAGGCCCGCGGCAGGCCCUCUUCGUCGGCUACUUUGGUCCCAUCGGUGUCUCUGCCAUUUUCUACCUCUAUGUCGGUCUCGAGUUCCUGGAGACGCUGACAGAUGACGACGGCCAGCGCGCAGACGCGAAGCAGUUGGGCGAAACGAUGCUGGUCACCAUCUGGUUCCUGAUUAUCUGCAGCAUUGUAGUUCAUGGUACGAGCGUGCCGAUCGCCAAGCUCGGGAAAUCGACAUACCAACGACUCUUCCCUCGCAGCGUUUCUCUGCCCGCGUAA